GUUUUAACUGAGGAUGGGAGAGGAACAGAAGAUUCAGAUUACUGCCCUUGGGCUUUUCCCACACAAGGGGAUCAACCUGGUCAGAGGGGUGCAUCAAGUCCAACACCUUGAUUCUCUGGAGACAUUUGAAAUAUGGGAUGAUGACAUUGUUGCUGUUACUUACCCACGGUCAGGAACUACAUGGACACAGUAUAUUUUGUCCCUAUUGUAUCAUGGAGAUCAAAUGACAGAGGGAAGUAACAAAUCAAUCCAGGAACUGGUGCCCUUCCUUGAGAGAAACAUAAGUCAAAUAGACUACAACAGCAAGCCAUCAACAAGAACAUUCGCGUCUCACUUACAUUUGUCCUCGAUCCCUCAAGGACUGAGAGAGAAGGGAAAGGUGAUCUACAUAGCCAGGAACCCAAAGGAUGUUGCUGUGUCCUUAUUUCAUCUCCAAAAUUUCACGAAAGUCCUUAAGAGCGAACCUGACUUUAAUACAUUUCUGAUUCAAUUUCUCAAGGGGGAGGUUCUCGGGGGCUCUUGGUUUGAUCAUGUUGCUGAUUGGUAUGCUCACAAAGAUGAAUUUGACAUCCUUUCCCUGAGAUAUGAAGAUAUGAUCAAGGACACACGAGGUGCAGUUGUCAGGAUAUCAAACUUCUUGGGAAAAAAGCUGGAUGACCAAACCAUUGACACAAUCGUGGACAAAUCCUCCUUCAAGAACAUGAAGGAAGACCCACAGGCUAGACGUGAUAAACAGCAUCCAGCAUUUUUUGAACAAAGUGGAUCCUUUAUUAGAAAAGGGAAGGUUGGGGACUGGAAGAGUAAGUUCACUGUGGCCCAGAGUGAGAGGUUUGACCAGAUCUACAUGGAGAAGAUGAAAGACGUGCCUCUUGAAUUUGACUGGGAGCUGUGAAAAUAGACAUGUCCUGGUUACAUGAUGAAGAUCUUCAUCAACUUGGCUGAAGAUGUCAGCAAAUUGAUCCAGAUCAACAACAACAAAAAGUUGUUGAUCUGUAGUUGUCAAAUUGGGCUUCAGUUGUGCGAAUAAUUCCAAAUAUGUCACUUAAAGAUGUUUUGAAUCUAGGCUGACUAGAUUGGAGGAAAUAGCUGCCCAGCUGCAAUGAUUGUGAAAAUAAACAAAUGCAAUUAAUUACAAAAUAUUAUUAAGAUGCGCACAUAAUUCAUAUCU